GUUCCUUAGUAGGUCAGAUGGCUUCCGGAACAAUGGAAAGCUGAAACGAAACUCUUCUAGCCGUUUUCAUUAUUAUCUCUUUAAAUUGUUAUUGUUCAAACACCACCAUAGCCUGUAGAAUGGAGAUCGGUGCUUUAUCAUGAAACUCCGCGCGCAGUAUGACAGAGAAGCAUAUAGCGAGUCCAGAAGAGUUCUGAAACUGAGGGAUUCACCUGAUCCUAUGCAGCCUGAACCGAACCCGCAGGAGGGGAACGGGCUGUCAUUAACCCUGCAGCCGGAGCUGCUCGCCCGAAUGCCGGCCCCUGGAACAUCCUGCGGCCCGGAAACCGGCGAGGACGUCCGGGUUCCCAUCGCCAGCUCACCGGGGCCGACAGGUGGGCGAGGAGCGACCUCGCGGAGGGCGAGAGCAGGCAGUCACACUCAAUGCCAAUCUCAUUCUCACGUGCGCGCUCACGAGUCUGACAGCGGCGAGUCUGACCUGGAAUCCGGAGAAUCCAGUAGCUCAGUAUCAGAGCUGCGUUACCUCUUGCGCUGGAUGAAGAAAAGUCUUCCCUUCGUGGUUAUUCUGUGUGCUAAACUAGUCAUUGAGCAUGCCCUAGGUCUGGCUGUUGCAGUUGGUCUGUUUACCACUUUUAUGUAUGUCAACAAAAGCAUUCAAACACAAGUCUUUCUCCACGACCGAAGGAUAAAUUUGCACUGUGCCUGGCUCGUGCUUUUCCUCACGUCCUGCAGUCUCCAUGUUUUUUACACUUUUAACACUCAGUCACUUUAUCGCGGCCUCAUCUUUGCCAACCCGACAAUAGAUUCCCAAAAUUUCUGGGAGGUUUUGUGGUGUGUUGGUGUGAUUAACUUCAUUGUGAAAUUUAUCUUCAUGGGGCUCAAGUGUCUUCUUCUUCUCGUCCCCUCCCCCCUCAUGGCAUACCAGCGAAGGGGUCAGUGGUAUAUGCUUAUUGAGGAGGUGGGGCAGGUGUAUCAGAUGAUCGCUCCAGUCCCACUCUGGUUCCGCUAUCUGGUCAGCUACGAUGAAAUGGAUAACUCAGUUGGUCUGACUCUGGGAAUUCUGCUGGCCUUGCUCUACCUCAUAAUGAAGCUUUUAGGGCUGUACAGACAGUUGGGAUCUUUGCAAAAAACUUUCCGGACUUUUUUCAGUCCUGAGGUGAAUGGAGCCCCAGCCAGUGUGGCACAGUGCAGAGAGGCAGGAGACAUGUGUCUGAUCUGUCAGGCUGAUUUUAAGCAGCCUCGGGUCCUCGUGUGUCAGCAUAUCUUCUGUGAGGAAUGCAUAGCACAGUGGUUCAAACAGGAGAAGACGUGUCCCCUCUGCCGCACUGUCAUCACAGACAAGGUGCACAAAUGGAAAGAUGGUGCAACUUCAGCAUAUUUACAAAUCUACUGAACACACUGCUCACUGCGAGGAUGAGGACAGAGUGUUCUGACAUGUUGAGACAGACGUGUUCUGACCAGCAAAGGAUUUGCACAAUGUGAUCGUGGCUCAUCCCAAACGUCACGGUUGUGAGAUCAUUAUGUUGCGUUUCAGGGCUGUAGUCACUGGAGUAAUGUCAGCUAUCUCUAGUUUGAGAUUAAGACAUGUGCGCUCACUAGCUCUUUAUAUUAUUAUUAUUGCCUGUGGAACUCUCUUAUAUUUUUGUUUGCCUUUUUAUAACUUAUAUUCUUCAUUGUGGUUUUGCAAGCCAUCUUUGGUUUUAUUAGUUUCUUUUUACAGCAUUUUUGGGUUUAAGUGGAAAAAAUGUAUCCUUUUCUAAUGUGGGGACAAAUGGAUUUCAUUUGAUUUGAGACAAAAACACUCAUGAAGAAUAUAUCAGACAUUAAUUUCCCCCCCCUCUCUAAAUGUAUUUUCCAAUUUCCAUUUUUCAUAGGUAAUGGGUCUUUUAUCUUGUGUAUGAAAGAUAUUCUAUGUAAAUACUGUUUUUGUCACAACAAAACACACUGAUGAAUCCUAAUAAGGGAUUUGGAAGAAUGCAGAUGGCAUUUACAAACUUUGUGUUCCCUUUGAAGUAUUCUGGUGUAUUCAGAAAUAAUCUGAAUUAAAAGACAUGUUUAUGUUUUCCAAGAUGUAAUUAAUGGCAUAUGCACACUACUGAUUUAAUAAGGAUGUUGCAUUAGAAUUGUAUGACUGAUGCAAAAUGGAUUUGUAAUUCUGGGUCUAUACAGAUUUAUGGUAUUUUUCUAAUACAUGUUUGUAAUAAACCAAAGAGUUUAAGAAGAUAUAUCUAAUUUUGUACCAUGAUAAUGUAUGUAGUUACUAUUAUAUUUUAUUGUACAUCAAGUAUAUUUUGUAUCAAACAAGAGAGCUGACCGAAUAACUUUUUCAAACUGUUCAAAUGCAUCACUUAAAUAUUUUGUCCAGUAAAAUACAUACCAGAGUUGCUCAUCAAAUGCACUAAUUAAACAUUGAGUUGGUAAGAUUCAUCACUUAUCAAAAACUCAUUUUAUUCAGCCUAACCUGAUAUGAGUACCAUGGAUUUCUGAGAUCAGGGUAUUAACUUCACUUCCUAAGAUUAUAAAAACAAUACACUUAGCACCAAGUCUUAAUAUGCCAGCAUGAUGGCAAGAAUCAGUGGGGGAUAGUUAUUGUUCGAGAAACGUUUUAAACCUAGGCCUUAAGUCUUGUGUAUAAUAGGAACUGGACUCAUGUUCACACUAUCCAACUCAUCAGUCUGCUUAAAGUCAUACAAAGUUACAGUUUUACCUUAUUAUCUGCCAAAUUAUGAGCCCUUUCUUGCAGUCAGAGUUGCAUAGUUUGAAUACAAUUUUAAUAUUUGUGAAAGCAAAAUGUAACGCUUCAGUAGUCUAAGCACCAAUUAAGAGGCAUCAUAAUUUAAUCAAGUUGCUACUCUUGCAGAUUUCACAGGGCUUUUAACUGCCACUGCACAGCAGGCUGUUGUUCAUCAGUAGGAACUGUAGUUGACAGUAUACAAGCAAACAGCUUGAGAUUUGCACAAUCAGCAUGCUUCCUGUAUAGCGAGUACAGUCAAUUACUGGGCUUGAUGCAAACUGCGGCAAAGCCCAGACAGUUCAAUCAAAGCAAUAAUGUCCAACCACAAUUACAGUCUAAACAAUGGAAAUGAGGUUAAUA